AUGGGGGGAUUGUAUUUUGAAGAGAAAGGAGAGCUGAUAGGCGACUUUGAUAUCAUGAACUGGGUCCUAUUUCCCAAUAAAUCUCAUGGCAUUGUGAAAGUUGGGAGCAUUGAGGGACGGACAUCCUCCGACAUCAAGUUCACCAUUAGCCCAGAAGCCAUUGUGUGGCCCAGGAAGUUUAACAAGACUGUGCCUCGUUCCAGGUGCACUGAAAGCUGUCGCCCUGGAUAUGCCAAGGAGAUUCAGGAAGGCCAGCCGGUUUGCUGCUAUGCUUGUGCUCCGUGUGCGGAAGGGACCAUCUCCACUCAGGAAGAUGCAGAGCAUUGCACCAUAUGUCCAGAGGAUCAACAUCCCAACAAAGACCGAGAUCAAUGUAUCCCCAAGAAUGUCACCUACUUCUCCCAUGAAGAAUCUUUGGGGAUCAUCGUGGCUUCCUUUGCCCUCUUCUCGUGUUUAAUAACAGGCCUUGUGUUAGGAAUCUUCAUUAAAUACCUAGAAACUCCAAUCGUCAAAGCCAACAACCGGGACCUAUCAUUCAUCCUCCUUGUCUCUCUCUUGCUUUGCUUUUUGUCUCCCUUUCUGUUCAUCGGCCGGCCCAGGAAAGUGACCUGCCUUCUCCAACAAAUGGCCUUCAGCAUCAUCUUUUCAGUCGCUGUGUCUUCUGUCUUGGCCAAAACCAUCACUGUGGUGCUGGCCUUCCUGGCCACAAAACCAGGGAACAGAAUGAGAAAAUGGCUGGGGAAGGGUUUGUCCAACUCCAUUGUCAUUUCCUGUUCCAGUGUCCAAGUUGUCAUCUGCACCAUCUGGCUGGGUGUCUCUCCACCAUUCCCAGACUCUGACAUGCACUCCCAGCCUGGACACAUCAUCCUGCAAUGCAAUGAAGGGUCGGUUGCCAUGUUUUAUGGUGCCCUUGGCUACAUGGGCUUCCUGGCUGCUAUUUGCUUCACAGUGGCUUUCCUAGCCAGGAAACUGCCUGGGGCCUUCAAUGAAGCCAAGCUGAUC